CUGCGAGCUGCACGUCCGCUAUCUCACGCGCGUCCCCGCGGCUAAACAGGUAGUCAGGACUCGCGCGUCGCGCCCACGCAUCAGUUCUGCGGUUCCAUACGGGGCACGACUCAGCAAACGAAAAAGACAGGAUAGAAAAGAGAGACAGACAGCAGUGCUAAGAGAGACCGAAUAGAAAUACGUGAAGAGAGAGAAGUGUCCAGUGUUUCGGGAGUGAUGACGGCGGCGGUGUUUUGCGGGGCUCUGCUGAUGCUGGCCUUGGCCUCGGGCGGGGAUGCUGCGGGGGAAGGAGGUAUCUCGUUUGAGUACCACCGAUAUGAGGAGAUGCGGAAAGCCCUGGUGUCCGUGUGGCUGCAGUGCCCCUCCAUCACCCGCAUCUACACGGUCGGGGAGAGUUCCGAGGGCCGAGAGCUGCUCGUCCUGGAGAUGAGCGACAACCCUGGCAUCCAUGAGCCUGGUGAGCCGGAGUUUAAGUACAUUGGGAACAUGCAUGGUAAUGAGGCCGUGGGCAGAGAGCUGCUCAUCUAUCUGGCUCAGUAUCUCUGUAACGAGUACCAGGAGGGCAACGACACCAUUAUCGACCUGAUCCACUCCACACGUAUUCACAUCAUGCCCUCCAUGAAUCCUGACGGCUUCGAGAAAGCAGCCUCACAGUCUGGUGAGAUGAAGGACUGGUUUGUGGGCCGCAGCAAUGCUCAGGGGAUUGAUCUGAACCGCAACUUUCCAGAUCUUGAUCGCAUCGUCUACAUGAACGAAAGAGACGGAGGAUCCAACAAUCACCUCCUGAAAAACCUGAAGAAAGCUGUGGAUGAAAACACCAAACUCGCACCAGAGACUAAGGCUGUCAUUCACUGGAUUAUAGACAUUCCAUUUGUCCUGUCAGCCAAUCUGCAUGGAGGAGACGUGGUGGCCAACUACCCAUAUGAUGAGACACGCAGUGGUUCUACUCAUGAAUAUAGUGCUAGUCCAGAUGAUCUGGUGUUUAAGACUUUGGCUAAGGCCUACUCCAGCUAUAACCCAGUGAUGUCUGACCCAAACCGGCCGCCAUGUCGCAAGAAUGAUGAUGACUCCAGUUUCACAGAGGGCAUCACUAAUGGAGGAGCCUGGUACAGCGUGCCUGGAGGUAUGCAGGACUUCAACUAUCUGAGCAGUAAUUGUUUUGAGAUCACUCUGGAGCUGAGCUGUGAUAAGUUUCCUCCUGAGGACUCACUCAAGCAGUAUUGGGACCAGAACCGCAACUCACUCGUCAGCUAUAUAGAGCAGGUUCACAGAGGAGUAGCAGGAUUUGUUCGUGAUCUCCAAGGGAACCCCAUUUCAAACGCUUCUAUUUCUGUUGAAGGGAUCGACCACGAUAUCACCACAGCUAAGGAUGGCGAUUACUGGCGCUUGUUGGCUCCUGGUAACUACAAAGUAUCAGCAUCUGCUUCUGGGUACCUCACUGUGGUCAAGAAAGUAGCUGUUCCCCACAGCCCUGCUACACGGCUGGAUUUUGAGCUGGAGUCGCUGGAAGAGAGGAAGGAGGAAGAGAAGGAGGAGCUCAUGGAUUGGUGGAAGAUGAUGUCAGAGACACUCAACUUCUAACUGACCUGAAGCAGAGGCCAUCACAAGCAUUCUGGGUGUAAAAUAUUUAUUGUCAUAUGUGUGUGCUCAUAAACCUAAAAGAACUUAA